GCUGAAAGUGAGGGCAGUGGGCAUAAUGGAGGAGCCACAGCGAGGUCCUCAUGGCCAGAGAAAGCAGCUCCCAGGAGAGGGACUAGCAAGUGUCCCUGGUUUCUUUGGAGAGCACAGAGGAGAUCAGCGUGGUUAGGUUCAUCAUGGAACAGGAGGUGCAGAAGAGGAAAUAACACACAGUACUAUUGCAUAAUAGUGCCUUGCUGUUCAGCUGAGUGUGCUAUGCUGAGCCUGGGCAGACCGGCACACUUCGGUUUGCAUUUUAAUAAGGCUAUUCCCUGUGUUCUGUUGGAAAUGGACUUUAGUAUCAAUAGAAACAAAGUGACCAGAUUGAAACCAUCCUGAAUACACGGAUCCAUCAGCUCUUUUACCUCCUGUCUUCUUACUGCAAGUGUUUCUAGGCCUGGGCCACCGGUGGAUGACCCUUACCAAGUGAGAGAUUAUUUUCUGCUCGAAAGACCAAACUUCAGUAAAAAUUACAUACACUGGAUUUUCAUUGGCCGGAGAAGAGUUCUUUGUGGUAUUACUGCCACUCUGGGGAUGGACCUGGAAUGUUUCCAACUGUAAGAGCUUCCUGUUGGGAGCAGGACGGUGCAGUGUGGUUGUGUGUACAUGUAGAAGCAAGACUGUCUGGUAAAGGCUUCCCCAUCCACACGCUCGGGAAGACAUUGCCAGAGAUGUCAUGUGGCCCAUGCACCGCAGUCUCUUGGGCGUGCUGGUGUACGCAGUGUAUGGAGACUGCGCUGAGUAUUUUGAUUUUCUGCCAGAGGACACAAGAGUUCUUAUAACUCAAGUGUACCUGAGGGCCUCUCUUCUCCAUCCUGAGCUGUGCAUCCUGAUAAGGAAGGCCGUUGUCUGACCUGUGACACACUCUCCUAAGCUGGCGCUGUUUCAGAAGCUUCUCUAACGGGACCUCACUCAAGUGCGAGAUCUGAUGUCAGCACGUAAGACAGAAUUUGCACGUGGCCAUAAUCCCUGCUGAAAUCCUCUUAAAGGCCCUGAGACCUGAGGCUGGCAGCUCGAGCAGAUCCACGCUCCCUUCCUACCACUGGGGCUCUCUACCGUUGAGGGGCGUGGUGGCUGAAACCCCUGCACUGUGGCUCUGAGGCUUGGGUAGCAUUUAAGAGCCCUCUGCAACUGGACUGCCUGGACUUGAAUCCUGACUCCUCGUUGCCGCUUCUGUCCACAGACAGGUGCUGUGACCUCUCAGUGUCUGUGUUCUCAACGUGUGGCGGGAGAGUGACACAUCUUGUGUCACAGUGAUGUCCUCUGUAGCACGUGCUUGCACCUGGUCUCGUGUGAAUGCACUGACGGUGGUGACACCUUUAAUCCCAGCACUCGGGAGGCAGAAACGGGCCGAUCCCAGUGAGUUCCAGGACAGCCAGGGCAACACAGAGAAACCCUGUCUUGAGAAACAAACAAGCAACAAUCAGACAAGCAAGUGUCCUGUCCCUCCCAGCCUACUUCAGUCCCUACAACAGUGGGUCCCUGGGCCACGAUGAGCGAGCCGAUGCCUAUGCUCAGCUGGAGCUGCGGACGCUGGAGCAGUCUCUCCUGGCCACGUGUGUGGGCAGCAUCUCAGAGCUGAGUGACUUGGUCUCGCGAGCCAUGCAUCACAUGCAAGGGCGCCACCCCCUGUGCCCCGGCACCAGCCCCGCACGCCAGGCCCGCCAGCCACCACAGCCCAUCACAUGGUCCCCCGAUGCUCUUCACACACUCUACUACUUCCUGAGGUGUCCACAGAUGGAGUCCAUGGAGAACCCCAACCUGGACCCCCCAAGAAUGACCCUGAACAAUGAACGGCCCUUCAUGCUGCUUCCACCACUGAUGGAGUGGAUGCGGGUGGCUAUCACCUAUGCAGAACACCGCCGCAGCCUCACCGUGGACAGUGGGGAUAUCCGGCAGGCAGCCCGGCUGCUGCUACCAGGCCUGGACUGUGAGCCCCGCCAACUCAAACCCGAAUGCUGCUUUAGUUCCUUCCGGAGGCUGGACGCUCGAGCUGCUACUGAAAGAUUCAACCAGGACCUGGGCUUCCGCAUGCUCAACUGUGGGAGAACAGACCUCAUCAGCCAGGCCAUCGAGGCCCUGGGUCCAGAUGGGGUGAACACAAUGGAUGACCAGGGUAUGACGCCGCUGAUGUAUGCCUGCGCUGCUGGGGAUGAAGCCAUGGUCCAGAUGCUAAUUGAUGCUGGAGCCAACUUAGAUAUACAGGUUCCGAACAACUCUCCCAGGCACCCCUCCAUCCACCCGGACAGCAGGCACUGGACCUCCCUGACAUUUGCAGUGCUGCAUGGGCACAUCUCUGUAGUGCAGCUGCUACUGGAUGCUGGUGCUAACGUGGAGGGCUCGGCAGUGAACGGAGGGGAAGACAGCUAUGCCGAGACGCCCCUGCAGCUGGCCUCUGCAGCUGGGAACUAUGAGCUGGUCAGCUUGCUACUGAGCCGGGGCGCUGACCCCCUCCUCAGCAUGCUGGAAGCCAACGGCAUGGCCUCUUCUCUCCACGAGGAUAUGAACUGCUUCAGCCACUCGGCUGCCCAUGGCCACAGGAACGUCUUACGGAAGCUCCUGACUCAGCCGCAGCAGGCUAAAGCAGAUGUGCUGUCCCUCGAAGAGAUCCUGGCUGAGGGUGUGGAAGAAAGUGACACGUCGAGCCAGGGCAGCAGCGAGGGGCCCGUGAGGCUGAGCCGUACCCGCACAAAGGCCCUGCAGGAAGCCAUGUACUACAGCGCCGAGCAUGGCUACGUGGACAUCACCAUGGAGCUGAGAGCACUGGGUGUGCCCUGGAAGCUGCACAUCUGGAUAGAGUCCCUGCGGACCUCUUUCUCGCAGUCCCGGUACUCCGUGGUGCAGGGCCUCCUGAGGGACUUCAGCUCCAUCAAGGAGGAAGAGUACAACGAGGAGCUGGUGACAGAAGGCUUCCAGCUCAUGUUUGACAUCCUCAAGACCAGCAAAAAUGACUCCGUCCUUCAGCAGCUGGCUGCCAUCUUCACACACUGCUACGGCAGCAGCCCCAUUCCCAGCAUCCCGGAGAUCCGGAAAACCCUGCCAGCCAGGCUAGAUCCUCACUUUCUGAACAACAAGGAGAUGUCGGAUGUCACCUUCCUAGUGGAAGGAAAGCUGUUUUAUGCACACAAAGUCCUUUUGGUGACGGCGUCUAACAGGUUCAAGACCUUAAUGACCAACAAAUCAGAGCAAGACGGGGACAGCAGCAAGACGAUUGAGAUCAGCGACAUCAAGUACCACAUCUUCCAGAUGCUGAUGCAGUACCUCUACUAUGGAGGAACAGAGUCCAUGGAGAUCCCCACUGCGGACAUCCUGCAGCUGCUGUCAGCUGCCAACCUGUUCCAGCUGGACGCCCUGCAGAGACACUGUGAGAUCCUGUGCUCCCAAACCCUUAGCGUGGAGAGCGCAGUCAACACCUACAAAUACGCCAAGAUCCACAACGCCCCAGAGCUGGCCCUGUUCUGUGAGGGCUUCUUCCUCAAGCACAUGAAGGCCUUGCUGGAGCAGGACUCCUUUCGGCAGCUCAUCUAUGGCCGGAGCAGCAAAGUCCAGGGCCUGGACCCACUGCAGGACCUGCAGAGCACCCUGGCGGAGCGAGUGCAUUCUGUCUACGUCACCUCCCGGGUGUGAGGCAGGGUGGAGGGUGACUGCUGUCUGUGGGUGUGCAAAGGUCUGCCCUUGGCACCUCCAGAGGAGGGAGGCUCAUGGGUGUGCUUCCUGCUCUUCCCCAGAUAACCCUCUGUGGUGUUGACUGAUCCUUGGGUGGGCAGAAAGCCCACUUCACUGUUGCUCAACCAGUAACUGGCAGGGUGUGUGACAUCAUUUGCACCCUGAGGGCUACCCUGUGUCCUCUCUCCUCCAGUGGCUCAGCAGCAAGCUGACCCAUCUGCCUGGCUGGGAUGCUUUCCUAAAUGCCACACAGAGGAAAGGCUUUCCAAAUCCUGUCCCCCAAGCUGUGCCUUUGAAAGGGCUGGUGGCCCCUGUCUGCCUCCCUGUAAGACUACUAACUUGGAGUCUGAGCUCAGAGCGUCUGAGUUGAGGGUGUGAUGGGGUAUAGUACAGGAACGCAGGGACCUCAGCUCUCGCUGCUACAGCUAAGCAGCCAAAGGAAAGAGGCAGCUGUCGACCGCCCACCUAGCUCUCGUGUCUGCAGACUCGGGCAGCAGUGCUCCCGUGGUCUCAAGUGCAAGGUUCCUUUCACUCAGGACUGGAGCGCAAGAGCACACUUCUCUCUGGGAUCUGUGACUCUUGGGCAUGAAGGACAGGGCCUUGGUGGAAGAGAAGGGGUGUCCCCUCGCCGCCUGCCCUCAGUCUUGGCUUCCCAUCCUCUGCCCUGUUUCUGGACAGACGCUGGGACAGCAUCAAGAACAGCUACCUUAGAAACUAUUUAUUCAUCAGAAGCCCCUGGGGCUUGCAAUCCUGGAAAAUAUUUUCAGCUCGCUGCUUGUGCUGGAUGUACAAAAGAAUGAGUGGUAUUUUAUUGCUGUAAUAUUGUAUGAUACUGUAACUAUACCUUAAUGUUGUCACUUACUGUAAAUGGACUAUGGUUUUAUCAACAAUAAACACGCAUUAACAAUG